AUGCCUGUUGGAAACUCUGAUGGCGAGGACUUUGAAGCUGAGCUCGAUACUGUCAGCGAUGCUGAAACUUCAGAUGCUGAACACUCCAGUGACGAUGAUCUGGACGUAUUAAGGACGGUUCUGUCUGUUCCUCAGCCUGAUGCACCAAUGCACGAAGUUCACAAGGCUCUCAAAACCACUCAACAAGCCCGUAAUCGCACCCUCAAGAAGACAUCUGUGCUCGAUACCAAGAUCAUCACCCAAGGGAAGACAUAUGCACUAUUCUACCAUUUCUGGGUUAUCCCCGGCGUGUUCCCAACAACUCCUCAGCCCGAUGUCGACCCAUGUAGUCCUACGCCUUGGACUUCACCUGAGGCCAAGCUCAAUGGCGCUAUGGCAGAGUUGUAUCAGUGUGUGCCCAAGGAUCUCCACAAGUCCAUGGAGAAAUAUACACCAUUUGAUUCUCUGUUUUGUGCUGCAGUCAGCGCAGAGCGUUCCAACAUUGUACAUGCCAUCAAAGGCUGUGCAGGCAUUAUUUUCUCGAUGCUUAAACUCGAUCCAUUGCUCUUCACAUCCCAGACAGACAUCAGAAAGCGGGACAACAAGGAUCUCCUCGAUUUACUGAAAAAGAAACGCGAAGGAGAUUAUAUCCGGUUGGCACCUGUUCUAUUUGCGAGACCUGAUGCGAUGACAGCCAACGAGUUUCUUAAAAGUCCAGUCCUCAUCAAAAUUGUUAGUGUUGAGAUGUAUGGGAAGAAGAUUCUUUCUGGGAAAGUCAAAGGUCAGAAGGCCAGGGGGCAACGUUGCAACGCACAGUGUGUAACCGAAGGACUGAUCGCAGGUGCUGCUGUUAUGGCACGUUUUUUGUUAACGCACGAUCCUGAAUUCACAGCAAUCGGUGCGGAGACCAAGAUAAACUACCAAGCUGACUACGAUUUCUACUUAGAGCGCCUGUUCAAGUGCACACCAUGGGCCUGUAGCAUCAUGAACUAUUUCAAUGAGGAAGUUUUCAAUGUCACCAGCCAGUCUCGUGUACCAUUGGCUAAUGACUCUCCUAUCGUCUCUCCUCCUUGA